ACAACAAUGAUUAGCUGAAAUAGGCAAAGUCUAGACUAAGCCGAAUUGUUUCUCACUCACUGCUGCAGAAAACUGCUUUAUUCAAAGAAGUUAAAAGGGGAGGACAGCCCAUUUCCAAGUUAUCAUGGAGCCAGGGGCCACAAAGUAUUGUACCAACUGCAAGGAGGAUAUUGCAGAAGGUAACUUCAUCAUGCAUGAAGUUCAUUGCAGAAGGAACAUCACCUUGUGCAAAGACUGCCAAGAACCUGUACCAAGAUCAGAAAUGGAAGAACAUUUUGAGGAAUACCAUAAGCCAAUAACCUGCAAGUGUGGAGAAACAGUGGAGAAAUGCAAAGUGGAAGAACAUGAGAAGAACGAGUGUGCACAGAGAAUCAAACAGUGUGAAUACUGUGAACUAGAACUCCCCUUCAUUCAGAUGGCUGAGCACCUGAACUACUGUGGAAGCCGCACGGAAUGUUGCCCGAAGUGCCAACGCUACAUCCAGAACCGUGACCGGGAUCAGCACGACAUCACUGACUGCGCAUUCCCUGACCAGAGACCUCCCGUCCCACGGCAGCCACCCACCAUGGAAUCGUUGUUUAACCAUCUUGAAGACUAUGAUGAGACUACCUAUCAUGCUGUGACGAAUCGAUUUGCGUUUCCAGAGUACAUUGACCCCAAUGAUCGAGACGACGAUUUGACGAGGCCAUCAGUGAGGAGCGUCAACGUGAGCAGCUCACAGUUCUACGGGGGAAGCAAGGACAAUAGAAGUAGUGCGCAGGAUGCAAAUCCCGGAGGACGCAACAGGAGACAGAGGAAGAAUCAGGAUAGAGUGCAGAAUAUUUAUAAGAAUACAAACCAAAGAAAACCUGUAGCAAGCAAAAAGAAAGAUUCUACAAAGCAGUCUAACACACAAGCAGCUGAUCAGAUGGAAGCUGACCGCCUUUUAGCUCUCAGCAUCUCGAACGAGGAUGACCAGGUCCUUGGUCUGGACAACAGCUUUGAUGCCCUCCUUUGCAGUGUCCAACCUAGGGAUUUUGAUGACAGUGAGCUGGAUCAGUGGGAGAAUGAUAGAGAUGUAGGUUCGCCAUCAAGAAGACGACUGGCUAGCCGAACGUCUCAGCCAUCGUUAUGGAGUGCAUUUGAUGAAAAUGGUAUUUCAGGAGAGGUUGUUAUGGCACCCUGUGAGUUCUGUAAUCAAGCAUUUCCUCUGGAUGAUCUUAUACUACAUCAGACUGGCUGUCAGAUGGAAUCCCUAGACCAGGUACUUGAUCCUAGUGAAAUAACAUCAGUGCCUUCCAACAAUCAGCAACAGACUGGUCCUCAAGGCUCACCUCCAGCACAAACACCAGUACUAGAUAAUCUUAGAAAGCCCAAUCUCCAAAGGUUAAUAAGCCCUGAACCCCUUCACCAUUAUCUUAGUGGUUCAUCAGAAGAUGGCUCUGUUAUGCUACCUUGUGAAUUCUGUGGGGAUCUUCUGCCCGCUGAGUUCCUACCCCACCAUCAGUUUCACUGCAGGGAGAGUCGACCCACGAGGUCAAACCAUGAAGUCGAGUCUGCCCUCCAGGACCUAGAGGAGACCCCUCCUAGUCCCACCCUGAUCAGCCGAUCCAUAGGGAGAACCAGGAACGCGAUGGGAUCAUCGAGCCCUCCUAAGAGCAGGAGUUCUAGGAGGAGACAGGAGGAUGCGAUGCUGAGGAACAUGUUCCCUGCAUCAGGCUUUGAUGAAGUUGAUGAAGGAGAUGAUCGACAUUCAUCUAAAUUCAAGAGGUCAUUGGGUCAAGCGGACGAUGUAUCAGGAAGGACGCAGUACAGUAGACCUCCAAAGAAUAAAAAUAGUAAUCGUUCAGGUAAGAAUGUUGGAGUAAAGGAGAAUGAUGUAGAUGACUACCUAGCCAAAAAUGAUGUCAGCUAUGUAGGAUCACAUCAUAGAGGGACUACUUUACCACUCAAAUCUAGCAAUAAAGAUCUAAGAAAACCCGGAACCAAACCAGCAUCAAAGAAAUUCACCAACAGCGACUAUGCCAACGACAACCUGAGCUCUGACAUGACAUCGUUCCAACGCCUCCACAAGCCAACAUCCAAAUCCAACACCGCAGCUGGUAGAGCUCCGAAUAACAUUCAGAAGAAACAAAGCGAAAGGCAGGAUAGUUUUACUGAGCUGCUUUCACAAUUUGACAGUGAUGCUGUACACAUGAGAGAGGACAGGGAUUCAAGGAGCGGUGUGAAAAAGACAUACUCGAGAAAGACUCCCAACAAGGGGGCGUAUAACACAGAGAGGGUUGCAGGUGCAACAGGCUAUGUUCCAAGCUUUGGGACUGAUUCGAAUAGGAACAAGAAAACUACCAAUCCAAAUUCUGUCAGACUUGCUGCAAAUUUCACUGUGCCGACCGAUGCUGUAACGAGAGUUCCUGCUGGCAGCAGGGCGGGGCUUGAACCGGCAAUCUCUUCAGGUAUAUCAUCCAGGCCCAGAGGUACAACCAACAGGCCUUCAUCCAAGACAAGACCUAAAGUAACAAGACAUCCCAGCGGCCCAUCGUGAAAGCACCUUGAAUCCACUUCCAUUAGUCAUUGAUCUCCUAAAAGUUGGUAAGAUUUUUUUCUCUUCGGAAAUCUGUAGUAAGCUAUGUGCUCUGUGCCCUGUAACCAAAAAGAUACAAUGGAUUGUUCAAUUAAGCACAACUGUAUUGGCAAACCAUGUACACAAAGUUACAAUCAAUCCUAAAUAUUGGCCAUAUCUCUUCAUGGUACUCUUUUAUAUCUCUUUAUGAUUCACCUCCAGGGUCCGGUAAAACAAACGUUGGCGAUCAAUUGCUAAAUGGUAUGGCCUAUCAGGGUCAUCGUUGCAUAUGGUAUUUGCUCAGGAGACUGACUGGGAACCAAUCAGAAUUGCUCUUUCAAAUUGUAGUAGCGAUUAAUCGCCAACUUUGUGUUACAGGGUCCAGGUCCGAUUAUAGAAGAAUCGAGUAUCGAAACCUGUAAAAUCUAAUGAUUAAGAAAUAUGAUUAUCACAAUCUAUCAUGUAUUUCAACAAUCUUAGAAAUUUCAAAGGACUUUUAUAUACGAUGAAAAGGGUGUAAUGUUAAUUAUUUAAUAGACUUUCCCAUUUGAAAAAACAUAUUAAUGGUGUUUGUGUAAAUUGGAAUACAGGAAGAUCCCACCAUGUGUUUGAAGGAUGUGAUGAUCUAUUAUUAAAACGUGAUCUUUUCUUGGGAUUACCCAAAUUAUUUCACAAGUACUUUUAUGUACAUGUAUUGUAAAACCUUCCUUUAGAUUCACUCUGUUAAUGUGAAUGUUUUGAGAUGCUGCCUCAGGGGUAAUUCACCGACUACAAUUGCUAAUUUGAUAUAUGAUAAUUUAGGGAUCAAUUUUCAAUCCCUGAGUUAAAUCUUACCUUUUUGGCUGAAAAUCAAUGUUAUUAUGAACACAUACCAGUGCAUAUGGAUAUAUAAUAGCAAAUUCAAUCCAAUUGAUCAACAAUCUUAUGUUGUGGUCAGUUCCAAUCAGUUGCUUGAACUGUAUCAUAUUUCACUUAUCUGCAGUUGAUUUGAGGUACCGGUAAUCAUAUUAAUUUGUGAUUUUUUUUUUUCUCAAACUUUUGAGAGGAAAGCUGGAAUUUUUUUGUCUGGCAUAGAUUAAUCUUUCAGUAUUUAUGGAGGGACAUUAUGAACAUUUAGACAUGUUUUGUUGGUAUAAUUUAUGUCUACUUAGAGACUUUUUUGUAGAGUUCUGAAUUUAAUGGUGAAUAGCAAUUUGUCUAUAACUCUCUGUUUGGUCUAGUCCCACAUGAUCUAAUCCUAUGUCUGUCUGUGGCCGGCAAAGAAUUCAUGGAAUUUUCUUCAAAGAGUGGAGUAAUCAUUUCCUAUGGGUAGACCAGUAUCCAAUGACUGGGGUAAUGUGAUAGUGUGUUGUAUGCAUAAAGCACUUGAGAUGAUGCUCUGAUGUAAAUCAUGCUACAAAGACAGAUUGUCAGUAUUUGUUAUUGAAUUUGAAAUAAAUAUCUAGUACAUCCUCCAAGUUCUCCUAAAAUAAUACUUUUGCUGCUAAACAAAUUUAAUGGUCAUGGCUCAUUGGGUUAUCUUAUACCAAUUCAUGAACACGAAUGUCUAAUACAUCAAGUGUAAUUGAAAGGAACACAUUGCUACUUUAUUUCAUAUUGAAUAUGUGGUAUGAUAUUCUAAGAAUACCAGAAAUCUUUAUUUUACACGCUUGUGUAUAUUUCUAUGAUCCUUUCAUUCUGUACUUAGAGUAAACGGUUAAAAACUUGACUGGCGUACUGUAUAAAAUUUGUCUUUCAUGAAUUAUGUAAAGCAGGGCUGUUAGGCAACUUGUUCAAAGUCUGUGCCGUAUCUUGCUUUAAGGUUUCUAUUAUGCUUUUCACACUGCAUUUUCUUAACCCCAUACAAUCUUUUUUUUUGGUUUCACGAUGUCUUUCUUAAGCCCUUACUAUUUGCUUAGCCGGGGUUCACGCCUUUAGCCCCUUUCACAAUUUGUGGUACGACUGCAUACAACCAUUACGAUUCUGUGCAACAUAUAUUGUGACCAAAAUGAUCUCACGAGCAAUUGUGAAAGCCCCUUUAAACCUGGACUAUCGCAUAGCUUAUGAAAAUUGAUGAUUUUACCAUACAGAGCGCGAUUAACAUGUAAUUUCGACUUCUGUGAUUGGCUAAUGCUUAGCCUCACUUUUCCUUAGCCCAGUUUCGUUUCACACUGCAUCACUAAGCACCGCAAUUGUGGGGCUAGCACCACAAUAAGCCGGCUAAUACUGCUUUUUUGCAGGGCCAGAUAGUACCGUACUAUUUACCAUGCUAGCCCACUUUGCUAAAACGUAGUGUGAAAUUGAAGUGGGCUAAGCUUAACCCCGGGGAAAAAAGUGCAGUGUGAAAAGCAUAUAUGCAUCUUUUCAUCGCAGCUUUUGUGCUUUCCCAUUAUGUUGUCGAUGAUGAAUUGUGAAAAUUUGUGGAAAAAACUGAUGAAAUUAAAAGCUGCUUGCAGUAUUCCUCCAGGAAAGACACAGCUUUGACUUUAGACAAGGUGCCCUUCUUUUGUCUACUAAAACUGGGCCCCAUCUUACAAAGAGUUGCGAUUGAUCCGAUCAACCACAACUAUGGACGGCCAGCAAUGUCAACAUCUAAAAUGCAAAUUUGUUCAAAAUAGUAGUAUAUUCUAGAUAUAACGUAUAUUCAUACAUUCAUCGUUCUCUUGAAGAUUCAGUGUGAUUCUCUUUGUUUACUAAGGAGAUUGUGCAAAUUUCCUGUAGAAAAAUUAUGACGUUGAUGGAUUUCCGUACAGUUGAGAUUGAUUGGAUCAAUCGUAACUCUUUGUAAGACAGGGCCCUGGACUGUCAGCUAUUAGAAACAUUUAUUCAAUUAGAAUCAUGAACCUUGAUAAUGGUGUGACUUCAGUCAUAUCUAAAGACCCUGGUUAGUUUUCUGAAGAAAAUUUUUAUUCAUUUUGUAUUUUGGACAGGAAAGUGAUAUUAUUAAUUUGUUUUCUUCAUGGUUGCACUUAAAAUUGAGGUUAAAACUUUAUUUCAAAUACUUCUUCAUACCAUAAGGAUAAAGUCUGAUAUCAAUGACAAUAUUUUGGUUAAAAGUCAUAGAGAUCUUUAUCUAUUGACUCAGUAAUAUAUAAUGAUGCUAAGCUGCCAACUGUUAAGAAGCAAUAAGUAUUUGUCAAUGUUAUGAAAAUAUGACAGGAAUAGGAAAGUGAGAAUAGGCAUCCAAAAAGAGGAAAGGGAAACAGAGGAUGAAGAUGUUACUUUCUUGAGAAUGCACAUAAUUUAAAGUUUAAUGUAAACAAAGUAUGUAAACAAAAUAUGUAAACAAAGUGCUGAAACACACUUUCAUGUCAGUGAGCUUGAGAUUUAGUGCUUGAUAUUUGUGUACAUAUGCGAUAGCAGCGGAGGUCAUGGUAAACUUGCCAAAGAGAAUCUAGUAAAGUCGUACUUUUAGAUGGAGAUCACAUUGUAGCUGGUAGAGCAAGGUAAAUGUGCAUUUGCACUGCAUUGGAAUGGUUGAUACAGUUAUGCUCAAAAGUUUGUGAACCCUACUUCAAAAUGCACUCCUUCAUGCUGAUUGCUGAGUGUUUAAUGAAGACAACAACACUACAAUAUUCGUUGAGCCCAGAGAAUAAAACUUUAUUAGAUGUAAUAUCUCAUCACCUGACUUCACAAUUAAAUAUCUAAUACAGGGCAGAACUUGAACACUUUAAAUAUGUUCAUUUUCUGGUGGGGUUCACUAACUUUUUAGCACCACUGUGUAACGAUUGAAAAAGUAUGUAUUUAGAUGGGAAAAUGCUAAUUUUGCAGACACAGAGAAAGAAUACUUUCAGAGGCCAGCUGUUCUUUUACUUGAUGUGCUCUUCAACCAGCAAGCAUGAAAAUCUUUGAUUUGAUAUCGGGAAUUAAGGACAGUCCUGAUGCAGUUAUUUCCAGUACUGUACUGUUUAGUGUGUCCUUUGUUCAUGUGAAUUUGCAAUUAUCAUGACAUGAAUUAAAUUGUACAGCUUCCAAGCUUUAAGCUGAUCUUCAAUUUGAACUCUGUUUGUCGCAAGAUGCACGAUAGCUCCGGAACUGCAUUCAAGAUCAUAAUGAAAAUUGCCAUUUUUAGUUGACUACAUUUUGUGUAUCUUGUUAGCCAAGGGAUGCAGAAGUUAUCAUUUCAAUGUGUGAAGAAAAUUGCCUGCAGAACUUUUAUUACGAAUCUAAGUUUUAAUUCUAUUUUUAUGAAGAAUAUCCAUAUAUCUAUAUAAUCCUUAAGUGUUAGACGAUUUUGGAUUAGGUGCUGUUUAUUUUUAGCUGGCAGAUCCAGGUAUGCCUAACAUAAGAUAAUUCAUGCACCAACAUAGCAACGCACAUGACCCAUUGGCAAUUGCAUACUCAAUUGCAUUUUAUGUUUCUUUUCAGUAUUGAAGCCUCCCAAGCUAUGACUGAUAAUAGUGUUUUGAAACUAUAAGGUGUAUGAAGCGUUUAUAGUUAAAAUAGGGUGAUCCAGAAAAUCUGGAUAGUUGAUGAAGAAAAACAGAAAUUUAAUUCACGUUUACUCGACAUUCGCAGGACUACAUAUAAUUUGAAAGAAUUCGACAGAAAACAGGUACAAUUUUUUAAAGACAGUGAUACUGUCAUAGAAAGCAAACUAUUCAGUAAUGUAUUCAUGGUCAAAUUUUGCAAAAGGGCGAUUCAAAGUGAUGGUGUCCAGUGAAAAAGAAAUCAUUCAGCUAUUAAAGGCAUGAGUGAUAUUUUCCUCCUCGCCUUUAAUAUGUUACCUGCCUUUUAAGCCUGCUAAAAAAAUGAUAUAUUGAGUAAUGCAUUGCAUCAGAGGGAAAAGUAAGGUAUCCUUGAAUAGCAGAGGAGUUGCUCUAAUAUUCAAGCAUUUAAAAAAUAAUCCCUGAAUGACAUUUCUUCAAAUUUAGAUUACCUUUUUAAUUCGUAUUCUGUUCACUCCAACUUUUGAGGGUUAUGAUUAAAAAAAAAAAACACUGGGACACGUUGACUUUUCUUGGUAGGUUUAAUAAGACAUACCUUUAAUUCUCUUUAGGGGUCUAUACAAUAGGACCUUUUGGGAGACAAAGUUGAGGCAAAAAUCUUUAUAGAGGGGCAUGUGUGAUCUUUAAGGAGAAAAAAAUAAUCUAUUUAAAAAGAGCUGUGCUUAUAGAAAGCUAUUGUAGCCAGAUUUAUUACAUAUUUCUUUGUCUAGUAUGCCAUUUUUUCUUUGGAUUUAUUGAAAUGAUUGCAAAAUGUGCUGUAAAUUGUUUGAAACUUCUAUUUUUUUCAUGUAAAAUUUUACUUGUACUCAUAUAGCUGUACAGUGAAAAGAUGACUUUAUGAAGAGUGCUUGUGUGAUAAAUGACUUCAACCUACAUUGAAUAAAUUGCUGAAAUCAA